AGUGGAUUGAAAUAAGUAAACAAAAGCUUAUGGAAAAUGGCCUAAUUAUGAGAAUCUACUGUAUUUUAAUAAUAUGUGAAGUGCUUAUUUAUUGGAAGAUUAGUAUGUUACAAGUAGAUAUAAUCUCCCCCUCCUGAGAGGAGUGACAGCUGAUGCAUGAUUCUCAAAUCCUGACAGGAACGUAACAAUCCGAAACAAAAACAACGAAGAAGAAAGAAAGAAAGAAAACAUAGUGGAAUCAGAAUCCGAUCCCUUUCUAACAUCACUCUUCCUUUUUUGAAAAACUUGUAAAAGUUUCCAACUUUCCUCUUUUCAACAAGUUGUAAUUUCUUCGCUUGUUGCAUGUUGAAACACGUUAUUCUGCAAUUAACAAAGAUAAAAUCACAUAGAUUUUGCAUUAUAAAAAGCUCGUUAAUGUCACUAUCUUCUCUGCACAGAUCACCUUUAGUACUUCCCAAGGUGACAUCCAUGGCAAAGAACUCAUCAUCACAGAGUAGUAGCAAGAAGAAGCAAGAAAACAGAGUGUGCGAGAAGAUCUUCAGAGCAGUGACUAGUCCUGUCCGAACCGUUCGUCGCAUCUCCACCAAAUCUUCACCAGCAGAGGCUGUUCGCGUCAAAUUUGCAGAGACAUCGGCUAGGCCUAGGGCAGCCAAACCCAUUACAAAGGUGGAACCGGUGAUCGCUCGAGUGGAUACUACGAUCAAAACGGACGAGAGGUUCACCGAGUAUAUAAAGAAAGCGAAGCUGAAGAUAAGGGCGAUGACGAAUGUCGGUGAUAUGAUGAAGGAGGAUGCGUGGGAGACAAGUGAUGAAACAGAUCAGACACGUCAUGAUCAUCUUCACCACCAUGUGCCUAUCUCUCACGUAGGUAGUAGUGGCCGGAGAUCAUCAGAUCAGUUCUCUGAGUACAUAAAGAAGGCAAAGAUGAAGCUCAGUUCCUCUUCCACCAUUGCUCGUGCUAACCCGACUUUCAAGUGAUGGAUUUCGACAAAUUAAUGAUUUGAAUAAUCCUCUGGCCUGAGAGAUUGAUAUAUAUGUAUAUGUUUUGUGGUGUGUGUUGACAAGUACGGACAUGGAUUUGUCGUUUUAAUGAAAACUAUAAUACUAGUGAUCAUUUUAAUAAUUUUGUUGUUACAUCGGUAGCGAGUGGUUUCUUUUCUUAAGAAUCAUUAUAUGGGCUGUGAAUGGGCCGCCAAAGAAGAGUCUGUUUAAGUUGAUAAAGAUGAUAAUAAAAUGAUAAUGAUGAGAAAGCUUGGAAUUAUAACG